AUGCUCGACGAAAAGAUUGUUGUUGAUUGCGUGACGUUGAAACACUUCAAUCAGCUGGAAAUUAUCGAUUUGUUGCGAAUGGUGCAAUUUUUGAUGAAGCAGUUGGAUGCGGGGAUUUUGAUGCACUUCAAAUUGAAGCGAAACGUGUCAUUUCUAUGGAUGUUAGAGGCACAAACAAUCGAAUUGCCAAACAUCAAUAAAAUGCUCUCUGGCUUAUCUCGAGCUUGCACAAAUUAA